AUGGAGAAUUGUAACGUCAAUGUGCAUCUUUCAAAAAUCAGUCAGUCAGGACUGCCAAUCGCGGUAGUAGCCGGAAGGGCGAAGCGCCGCCGACCAGUGAGAAAUUCAACGCGAGUUACGCCGCCUCUAGAACUUGUUUCUGACGGGCAGGAGCAGCGGAAAUCACGAAAGAAAGGUGCCCUUUCCGAGGCAUCUGAGCUUGAUGAACCAGAAAGUCAAGUAGACACUCAGCUGGAUGAAAUGUAUUCCUUGAUCGGAACUCGAGUUCCUCCUUGCUCCUACGACUCUUCAGACUUUGAAGACGGGCACAAAUUCUCGGUGCGAAUGAGCAAUUAUCUAUCCUGGCUGGUGGUGGAGCACCACAUCUGCGUGUACGAGCAGUUCAAGAGCUACACGCGCCAGGAGCGAAAAACAGCUCUGGAAAAGCGAUUAAAACAGUACUCUAUGUCGGACGCAAUCGUAGAAUUGAUUCUGAGCCGGGAGAACGGAAUCUGGGACGCGGUAACUUGCAUGAAUCUGGACAAGCGCAAGAUGGAGACGAUCAGAAUGCGGCGAUUCAUCAGAGACAACGAAACCAUCCCUCUCCCGCUCGACUGGCCCAUCAUGAAGUUCGUCGCCCACAUCGAAAUGCUCAGGAGUCGAAGCUUCGAAAACGCGCAAGAAACGACGAAAUAUGUUAAAAGCAGAACGAAGGCUCGUCGAGCUGGAAGGCGGAAAAAGCGGCAACCACCGAAACCGAAAAACAAAUCCUUGUCAGAUGAGCUAGAGGAAGAGCUUGAUCCUCCUCAAAAUGACUCACUCGCAGAUGCCUGGAAUUCAAGAGACCCUGAGGGAGAAGAAAUACUGCCAGAAAUAGAAGAAGGUGCCCAAAACUCUGAAGAGACCGCUUCUUCCAAGAAAAACCAGCCUUUGAACGAGGAAAAAAGCGAUUCAGCGAAUCCCCAGGAGCCCAGUCUUUUCCAAACAAAUCAGCAAAUGACAGAGUCGGAAUCACCAGCGGACAUUUUCGAAGAAAUCUCAAAAGAACUCGAUCUCGUCGCCGAUGGUCCCAGUUCAAAUUCCGCGGAAGAAAAUCCAAAUCUGCCCACAGUUCAAAAUAAAGUGGUGCAAGAGAACACGGAGCUGCGGCACAAAGUGGUCUACUUGGGAAGUCGCUGCGAACAGCUUGAAGUCGAACUCGCCCAAACGAAGGACUACCUCAAAUCCGAAAUCCAAAAAGAAAAGAGCCUCACUCAAAAGGAGCAGGAAACCGUCCAAGUCCAGCAGGCCAAUUUGAAAGAACUGGAAAAGCGCAUCGCCUCCCUCGACUUAGAGCUGAUGGAAGCGAAGGAGCGCGCCGACGAUGUAGAACGCGAGUUGAGAGCUGUCCGCCAGCUGCAAGCGCAAAGGAACGGCAAAAUAAUAGCUGAAAAUCUAGUCGAUUCUAGUUCCUUCUCGCCAUAG